AUUGUUUGGAAUUAUUCUUUCGUUCGAUACCCAAGUUUCGACAUUCGAUCAAAAUUUGACUAGAAAUGUCAGGAAAUCCGCGGACAGGGGCUGAUAUAUGGUCAAGCAAUCGACAGCAAAGAUUUAUAGAGCAACGAAUCGCCCAGGUGGAAAAGCACCUGGGCGAAAUGUGUCAAGCAUUCGGUGCUUUUUCUCGAAAAAUAGCAAGACUUAGAGACAAAGGUGACGAAAUAUGUCAAAAGAUCAAGGACUAUUCCGAAACUGAAAUUGUUAACCAGAGUACACUAGAAGCAUUGUCAACUUUUGCACAAAACUUUUCUGCUGUUCAAGAUUAUCGAGAUCACGAGGUUAAAAGCAUUCAACGUAAAGUUGUAAACCCUCUAUCGCAAUAUGGACACAAAUGUAAAGAUGCAAAAGAAGACUUGAAAAAUGCAUUUACCGCACACGAGAAGGAUCUAAAAAGUCGUAAAAAGUUUGAAAGAACUCGAGAAAGGGGUUCAAUUGAUCGUCAAGAUAUGACAAGAAAGGAGCAUGAAUUGCUUAAAACUAGUACACAAGCACUCCAUUCGGAGAAAGUUUUGGAAGAGAAAAUGGAGUCGUUUGAAAGACAAAAAGUAAAUGAUCUGAAAAACAUUCUUAUGGAUUUCGUGAAUACCGAAUUAAUAUUUCACGCAAGAGCUUUGGAACACUUUACAAAUUGUUAUAGAUCUUUGCAGGAUAUUGAUGAGGAAGCUGAUAUAGCGAGUUUUAGAUCCGUACUGAAUCCUUCUCAAACUGAAGGUAGAUUAAAUAUACAACGGCAAAAUUCAAGGUCGUCUUUGAACGAUACACGAUUAUCUUCUCAAUCUGCAACGCCACUUCAAACUCGUUCGGCAACACAUAGCCGUCAACAUUCGACUUCUUCGGCUAAUAUGUUUGUUGCUAAAUCUGAAAUUGGACGAUCACCUCAGGCUCAAGCAAGAACAUUCAAUGGCCAGAAUCGAAAUGAUAGGAGGGGAUAUGCAGCUGCUAGUAGCGAAGACGAUGAUCUUGAAGAUGAUGAUGAGGAUGAAAGCGAAGAUGAAAGUGAAAUUACUAAUCCACCAGUUAAUAGAGGACAAGGAAGAGGCUCGAAUAUUAUAAGAGGGGGUCGGGGUGGAGGAGGUCAGAAUGGUGAAAACCUUGGCUCCGACGAAGAAGAAGUCGUCUUUUUCGUUUACUUACUUUAUGACAUAGCGUCUAAUAAAGUAGUUUGUGUGCAAUCCUAUUACUGCCGGCCCACGCAAAAUGAACUUCGAGAAACUAUUUUAACUGAAGAAUGCAAAAUUGUCACUGGCCUUAAUGAAGAUCUCAUAAAAUCUGCUCCUCCUCUGGAGCAAGUUCUGGACGAGUUCGAACGUUUUCUCGUUCAAAAAGAACUUCACCCCCUCCAUGGCGGUUCAUCCUUCUUUUUAUGCUGCGAUGGCCAACUUCACUUACGACUAGUCUUACAUCCAGAAGCUCAGAGAAAAAACAUUUCAUUGCCUACAUACUUUUAUAAAUUCUUCGACCUGAGGAAGGCUUUUAAGGAACACUACAAGGUUGAAACUGUCCAUUGCAUCAAAGACAUGCUAGACCACUUGAAUUUAGAAGUGGACCAAUCUGUGGAAUAUGGCGUCAGACACUGCCAAGAUAUGGCUAAAAUUAUUCAAAGAUUGUUGGACGAUCGCUAUCAGUUCAGCGAUCCCGAAACAAUCAGCAAUCGUCUGGAACCCGGCAUAUGUUCAAAGAGUGAGAACGUUGACGACGACACGGUAAUUAGAGCUAGAGGUUUGCCAUGGCAGUCUUCUGAUCAGGACAUCGCGCUUUUUUUUAAAGGAUUAAAUAUUAUAAAGGGUGGAGUUGCUUUAUGCCUUAGUCCACAAGGGCGGCGAAAUGGCGAAGCUUUAAUACGAUUUGAAUGUAAGGAACAUAGAGAUUUGGCGCUAAGAAAACAUAAACAUCAUUUGGGCCAACGCUAUAUUGAAGUCUAUAAGGCUUCUGGAAAAGAUUUUAUAAACGUGGCUGGGGGAGGGAACGCAGAAGCUCAACAGUUUUUGGAGAAGCAUAACAAUGAAGGCCAAGUCAUUGUUCGAAUGCGGGGACUACCCUAUUCUGCUACCUCUCAACAAAUCAUCGAUUUCUUCCAAACCGGACCGAAUAGUGUACAAGUUCUAGAUGGCCAAGAAGGUGUCUUAUUUGUCCAUCAUGCCGAUGGUAGAGCUACUGGAGACGCUUUCGUUCUAUUUGCAAACGAUGAAGAAGCUGAUCUGGCUUUACUAAAACAUCGGGAAUGUAUUGGAUCAAGAUACAUUGAAUUGUUCAAGAGUACAACAGCCGAAGUUCAACAGGUUCUCAAUCGUUCGAUGGACCCUCGUGCACACGCUAUGGAAGCCGGUGUUGCACAAACGGUUAAUGUCUCAACUGCUGCUGCCGCUUCAUUUAUCGACCCUUCCGCCGCCACACAAAUGGCAUUGAUGGGGUUUGCUCCGCCCACAAAUAAUCUAUUGCCAGUUCCGCAACAGAUGAUAACAACUGGAUCGCAAAAGGACUGUAUAAGACUUAGGGGUUUACCAUACGAAUGCAGUGUCACAGAUAUCUUGGCAUUUCUUGGGGAAUUUUCAAAACACAUUGUCUUACAAGGUGUACAUAUGGUUAUUAAUAGUACCGGCGCCCCAAGUGGUGAGGCCUUUAUUCAAAUGGAAGGUGAACUAGCCGCUGAAGCAACAGCUAUAGCUAAACACCGAAAAACAAUGACAACAAUAAAUGGUGUAGCAUGUUCGAAAAAGCGCUAUGUUGAAGUCCUUCAGUGCAGCGGCGACGAAAUGAAUAUCAUUCUAACGAAUGGCCUUCCAUCUGUUGCUUCGCCUCUUGCGACACCAUUGUUACAAGCGGUUGCGCCUUCACCUCAAAGAGCAUUAAUGCCCACACCUACUGUUCCCACUCAUCCAGCAAUUUUAAGCCCUCCAAUGGCUUAUCCUGCUCCGGCAUUUGCCUCGCCAAUUAAUCAUCGCUCUUUAGCGACAGCGACAACCUUACCAAACUAUGUUUCACCACUACCGACCACUGUUAACCCAUACCAGCCUUUCUUCUACUUGUACAACGGUUAUCCAAGCCCUCCAGUUUCACCUCCAACAGAAGUUCUACCGCGUUGA